GCACCAACACAUGCACCACUCAUGCGUAAAUAAAAUGUCAUGCACUUCGCUACGCUACUGCUCUCCCCCCUGCGGCCCAGUCUCGCUAGUGCUUGAGUGUGUGACCUGUUGGUCACCUCCUUCUUGGCUUGAAUGCACCUCUACUCCUUUGGCACGCAACCUCUCGGCGACCUCGUGCAGUGGCGGCAUCUCAGCCUCGCCAUCCACCAGCCCCUGGAACAUCAUGAUCACUGCACCACCACAAGCGACACAGCCAUCACCACACGGCAAUAAGACAAACAGUGGCGGAUGGAUGGAUGGACCACGGGCCGUGGCUGCCUGUGACAUACGUACCUGCGUUCUUGCCAGCUCCCUUCGUGUAGUCGUUUUCUUCCUCCUCCUCCUCGUCAGUGUCUCGUUCGCCGCUGUCCUUGUCAGGCUCCUGUGCGGGUGUUGGUGCGUUGGGGAGCGGCGCGAGCUCGACUCGGAUGGGGAAUGCAUUCCACAUCAACGGCAGCUUGAUAAGAGCACCCAACUCCUCCAUGAUAGUCGGUAACCAGACGGCGUCAUCGGUGAAGUCCGCCAUGCGGCUGUAGCCCGUCACUAUGCACAGCUGAUGGAUGCAUAGAUAGAUAGAUAGAUAGAUGGAUUGACACACACAAUAGAUAAAGAGGUGACAUGGUGCCGAAGGGGGCACGAACCCGUUGCUCCCCUCCCUCCGUCACCUUGUUGUUUUUGAGGAGGUGUGUGAGAGUCGGCAGCCAGGUGUCGAGUGAUCUGUCGAUGGACGGGUUGGACAGCAGGCACAAAUCCGCACACAGGCCGCCGCCCUCGGCCACAUCGUCACCAUACACCUACACGACACGACACGACACGACACGACACGCACCCAACCGUUUUUCACGGCGGGUCAUCACAGCAGCCACCCAGUGUGUCUGUGUCACCUGUGUGAAUUCGUGGUAGAGGCCCCUGAAGUGUCGGCACUCGAGCGUCUGCCCGCUCUCGAGUGUCUUGGGCAGCGGAGGACCGAGCAUGCCGUAUGUAAGCUCCUUGCCCCACCUGUCACCCUCACCUAAGAAGCCCACCAGCACCUGCAGGCAGGCGACACAAACGCAGUGAGUACAACAUCACACUAGCUGACAGCGCUGCUCGCCUCGCUCUCUUUCCCCCUCCCGAGCUGACAGACAGCCGUGCUGAAUGGGUGACUGACCACGAUGAGCUCCUUCAAGCUGGGCACGCGUGUGAGUAUUGCCGACCACUGGGCCUCGGCCUCAUAGUCGCCAGCCACUCCCACCACGUGCAUGACCACGCGUGGCUUGGCCAGCUCAUUCACCGGUGGCGGAUGCAGCUGGUUGAGGGCGUUCAGCACCGUCAGGGGGUAGGACAGCAGCAAGGGCCGCCUGUCCUUCUUCAGGGCAUCCACUGUGUGGCACUGCCGCCACAGCUGGCUGCUCAGGUCAUCGGGGUCGAAGAAGAUGUACUUGUCCUCCUCUGCAUAUGACGAGGACGCGACGGCUGCCUCUGGAGUGCUUUCUUGGCCAGUCUCGAAGCAGCCCUCCUCGAGGGCCGACCGCAUCAUGCCGGCGUAGAGUUUGGAUGUCUGCUGAGCGGCCCGCCUCUUGUCUGCCUUGACCGUCGCCCGCAGCUGCUUGGCGGCCGCAUUCUCGGGAUCGACGCUGAGCAGCCUGUCCACCGUGCUAAGCGACUUGUCCCAAUCCUGAGUGGGUGGGACGAAGAAAGAAAGAAAGAAAGAAAGAAAGACAGACCUACGUUGAGUGGUCGGAGAGCCAGCACUUCUGCCCUGCUGUCUGUGUUUCCCACCCACCCACCCACCUGCAUGUGGUGGUAUGCGAGCGCCAGCCUGUAGAGGGCCUUGACGUUGUCCGGCCGAUGAUUGAGGACAAACUCACACUGCACCCGUUCCAUGCAGCACACAGACACAGACACUACUAUCUGUCAAACGCAUGUGUGUGUUUCCUCGCCUGUGUGACGGUGUUGUCGGGCUCGUCCAGUUUGAGGUAGCCCUGGGCCAUGUUGAGGCGGAGUGUCAGCUGCUCCUCGAAAGAACCACCGCCGCCGCCGCCUGCUUGCUCUUGGUCAAGGCGACUUGCCGCCACGCCGGCCUUCAGAAUCUCUUUGAGCGCCAGCUGCAUGGAAGAAACAGACAGCAGACAGACGUCAUGCAGUGAAUGUAAUGGUCUGUGUCUUUGCUUUGCUUGCCUUCCAGAGGUCCACGGCCGCCUUGUACUCGCCUCGUUUGAAGGCAUCAUUUCCCGCCUGCUUGACUGCCAGCGGGUUCAACGUGUCGUCUUCGUCAUCAUCGCCGUCGCUACCCGGGUAGUCGUCGCUCUCAUCAUCAUCGCCAUCUUCGUAGUCUUCCACGUCACCAUUCCUCUCGGCUGCCGCCGGUGGAAUGGGCGCAUUCUCGUUCGUAUGGCUGCUGGGGUGGUCCUGGGGCUGCUCUGUUUCAUCAUGAGGAAGGCUCAUCCUCACCCAAGCAGAAGAU